CCAUCAUACACAUCAUGUGGUCCUGGGACACGCUGCCAAAUUCGCAUGCCCAACGCAAGUUCAUCGAACUUAUAUUGGAUCGAACUGGAAAGUAUCCAAACUGGGACCCGCUCUCGGAGAUUCCAGUUGGGUCAUACGGAAGUAUCGACAAAGCCACGGGCAAUUUGAUCAUCCAAGGUUCUAUAUACUCAGAUGAUUUCAAGCAUCAUCUUCUCGAUGCAGGUAUCAACAUUGAGUCUGGCGAGCACCUUCCCGAAGAAUGUCCAGAGGAGUCUGAAUUCACAACUCGGUCUGAAAAUGUGAAAAAAAUCCUAUUGAAUGUCAAUUCUCAAACAGGUAUUGCCACAGCUGCAAUCAAAGGGUUAAGAAAGGCGCCACUGGCGCUUGCUCAUGAAUAAGCCUCGCACGAAACGCAUUACUUCAGACGUCCUGGGGAAGCUCGCGAAAAUCCGGCUCUUUCAAUCCACGUGCCUCGUUACCAAAGCCGUCUAUUGCCCUGCCUUCUCCAUGUACCUUUCAGAUACAAGCGGUGAAAGUUUCUCCAUAGCUCUUCUGGGUUCUAAGCCUAUUGCGGAGCUUGUGGGCACAGUUGAUUCCAUGGCUAGUAUGAGAUGGUGGAGUGACGCACAAACUGGAUUAACACGCAACGGAUGCAAGACAGAGUAUUGCUACUCCCCUUUAUAUGAACUUUUGCAUGCGAGGCGCCCUCGUCAUAGGCAAGCGACACCAUCCCCAGUACGCACAGGUGAAAUGUUGUGA